AUGAUUUCUGGUCAGAGCAGCGAGAGCGACGAUGUGUAUCAGACGCCAUUGGAGGUAGUGGAGCAUGAAGACGAGCGUGAGUCCGUCAUGCAACCACCAGUACAUCCUCUGCCGUCGAUGCAGGGCGCCUUUGAGGAGUCUAUCGUCGAGUCUACUGCAGCAGAUGAAACUGUGCUGCCCUCCAGCGGUGCGGACGCCGAAGCCAGACGACAGGAUUUGCUCGAAGCUCGCCAGUACGACGACUCCUGCAACAGCCGGUGGAAGCAGCGAGCUACGGCGAGGUACCACCCUUUGCUGAAACUCAUGGCCCAGAUCGUGUUCGGAAUGCAUCUGCUGCAGGAAGAACAGGCCAAAUCGGACGGAGAGGUUGUCAAGAUCCUCCAGACUCAUGUCAACGAGGUCGACAGUUUCCUGGAGCGAACGUCAGAAGAUUUUGGGCUUGCUAUUACAGAUAUCGAGGAACGUAUAGGCCAUCUGCGGCUGCCUCUGGAGCAUGUCGAGGUUUUCAAUAGCAUGCUUGAAGACAAGGACUUUCGUACGCAGUUGUUGGAAGGCAAUGCCAAGAUCGAGAAGAUCAUCGACCGUACAGCUAAAGCUAUGAAUGGUGCUCUGGCAGACGUGCAGCAUGGCAUACAGGCGACACAAGAGCUUGGAAAGUACUUGCACGAAUCACAAGACCGAUGGCCAAUGAGCAAUGCUAGCGUGGCAGACGUCCAUGGUGCAAUGGGCGGAAAUCAGCAAGGUUGGCUCAAGUUUCUGCAGGAGCUUCAGGCGAAAGGCAAGAAGCUGGGAACCAGUCUCGUGCAACUAGCGACUUUAAUUGGCGAGAUGUCCAGGCUUGCAGCAGCCGCCAGCAGAAGAAGCAUACCGGCCCGUAGAAACGCUUCACCCACACGCUCGACCCGAUCCACCCGAUCACUGCCAGUAACGUCGUCACAACUGCGCUCACGAUUCACGAACAGCCAACCUCCACCAAUGCCGCAGAAUACAGCUAUACUUAAUAAACCACUCCCCCAGGCACCUGGCAUGAAAUCUCAUCCUGUGCCUUUCGCACAACGUUAUGAACAGCCACGCCAGUCACCAGCGCCUAGUGUAGCGCCGAGCGGCCGCCGGAUAGUCAGCAUGCCACAGCAAGCCAUACCGCCGCGACCCAAGACGGCAGGAGCUCCACGAGAUGCCCGUCAGACUGAAGGUAGUACAGCAGACCUAGCAGACUUUCUGAAACGUUCGAAUCCCCUCGGCAGUAACCCCAAUCCAUUACGUAGUAAUCCGAAUCCUUUACGGAGUAAUCCACCAGGUCAGGGCAUUUCGCCAGCCCCGCGAGACAUGAGCAGAGGUGCCAGAGCACGCAGUCAAGGGGCGCAUGAUCUUAUGAGUGCUGCGGCUGACGCGCAGGCUGCUGUGGCGAAGUCCAAGGGUCAUGGCGCGGCCGUGAUUGUGACUGGUCGACGAGGGCAGAGCCGACCAAGUAGUCGCGGUGGCGACAAAGCUUUGGAUGACGGUGCGAAUUCGCGGAAGGAUUCUGUGGCGAGCUCUGGCUUCGCCCGCCGCAUGUCAACCCGCAUGAAGAACUUCCGCACAUCAGAAGACAACGACCCAUCAGCCAGAAAUCCCGGCGCCAUCGCACCGACAGACUCCGCCUACUCGUCCGGAAACGAGAAAAUGACCACCGUACCAGAAACGCCACAGACGCCGCGAACGGCGAGAAGUGCCCGGCCGCCUUCGAGACUGGGCCUGUUCCCGAGAGUGACCGAGUCAGCCGCGCCAAAUCCGGACCUUGCUGGUGUUGAGAGAAGUGCUUCAACGAUCGGGGCGAGUACGCGCUCUCUGGCGUCGAAUAAGCCGUCGAAGAGUCGCGGGUUGAGUUUGCGGAAUAUUUUCCAUCGGAGGGAUAGGAGUCAGAUGAGUGAUGUCCGGUGA